UCCAGGUUUCAGUGUUUAACAGGGCAGGGCAGGGGGAGGUCAAAUGGAGACUUCCAUUGUUUCCAGGCUGGAUUCUGUGCCAUUGGGAAAUUCCCCAUGUUAUGAUUCGGAGUUUUCUCAGCGUUUCCCGGGAAAAUCACCAUGGAAACUGAGAAAUGGCAUUCGAAGCUGUUUCUGCUCGUUUUCCUCUCUCUUCUCUUAGCUACGCUGUCAAAUCAACUCAACAUUACUUCUCGUGGAUGCUAUUGGACGGAGUCUUGUCAACAUCAAUAUCAUGGUGAUUGCAAAAGAACUAAUCACUGGAUCUUUAGUCAGUCUAAGGAUUGCAAUGGACUCUGUACAGAGCCUUUAUAUCUUCCAUGCACUAACUAUUAUACACGCUUUUAUUGCUGCAUACCAGAAAGUCCCAAAGAGACAAGAGAUUUGUGUACAAAAUGCAACCAUACAGUUGACUAUGGCAAUGAAUAUAUAUGUUGUACAGACUGCUCUGAUCCUCAUUUAGUUUAUGAGGAUACUAAAUGGGGUUACUGCCAAUCUGGAGCAGAGCUACUUGUUCAGCGAAAACCACAAGAAACUUUUAAAUGGGUCGCUGGACCCUGGAAACCCUGCUCAUAUGCUUGUGAAGGUGGGGUUCGACAGCGCGAUGUGGAUUGUUUUGCUGUAUUUGAAGAAACCUUGAUUCCUGAUUAUCCAGUAUACGAUCACAAGUGCUCCAGGGAAGAGAAGCCAUCCAGUGAGGAGCCCUGUAAUUCAAUAAGCUGCCUAGAGAUUGGCAAUGGUGGUCUUCAAGGGGGAAAACAUGGUACGAUGCCUGGUUGGACAAUCACUUUGGUCAUCUUGCUUGGGAUUGUAGCUGUUGGAGGUAUUGGGUUUGUUGGUUACAUAAAACUGAAGAGGGAUUCCUCAAGUCGAUAUGGCAGUGUAUACAUCAUGAUGGAAGGAUAUGCAUAGGGCUGAUUUCGUUGAGUUCGCUAUGCAUUUGUUGUAUAAUUGAUAUAUUGGAUUGUGAAAUGGUUUCAUGUUUAGGCCUUGAAUAAAAAGGAAGGAAGUCAUAAGCUGCUAGGUUCAACUUUGUGUCAAAAUUUUCUUCUUUGUGCUGAAAUUCUUCAAUAAGAAUCUCCUUCCAUUUUAAUUUUUCGACAUCACUCUCUGAGCUUAAAAGGA